AGUUUACUUUUUAAUAAAAACUGAGGUUACUCCAUCCGUUUCAAUCGUUCUCCCGUCGCUCACCGUCGCCGCCGCCGCUCGCCGCUCGCCGCUCGCCGCCGCACCUCAUUGCCUCACUAGCAGCCCAGGUUGAUUUAAGUCUUUGGCAAUGGGUUGGUGUAGUAAUUGCGAGGAAUGCCCCAUCUAUAGGGAUCCUGAGAACGGUUAUGUGUGCUGUACCUUAUGUGGAAGGAUUCUCGAUCAAGAGAUUUACUGCAGUCGUCUCACUUUUGCAAAGGAUACCGGUGGCCAGGUUUAUCAUAGUACUAGUAAUAUCAUAAAGAUUUUGCAACAUGAAUCCUCUGCAUCAAAUUUAAGAACUCUAAAGAAAGGAAGAGAUGAGAUUAGCUAUAUUGUAAAUGUCUUGAACAUUAGCGGUGGAGAUACUAUAAUCAACAAUGCUUGUGCUUUCUAUGAGAUGGUUGUAGAUACAAAUUUCACCAAAGGAUGCAAGAUAUCUCAUGUUGCUGCAACUUGUCUCUAUCUUGCAUGCAGGCAAAGCAAAAAGGACUAUCUUCUCAUUGAUUUCUCUGACUACUUGAAGAUAAAUGUGUAUGUGCUUGGAGCUAUGUUUUUGCAACUUUGUAAAACUUUGAACCUCUUGGAACACCUAAUUGUCCUAAAAAUAGUGGAUCCAAGUUUUUUUAUCCAUCGAUUUACAAAGCGACUAUUAGGCAAAAAGAAUGAUGCAGUUUCUGAAUUGGCUCUUCGCUUGGUUGCAAGCAUGAAGAGAGAUUGGAUGCAGACAGGGAAGAAACCCAACGGAUUAUGCGGUGCAGCAUUAUACAUAUCUGUACAUUCUCAUGGACUUAAUUACUCCAAAUCAGAUAUUGUUUCUGCUGUACACAUUUGUGAAGCGACUCUGAAUAGACGACUAAUAGAGUUUGAAAAUAAUGAGUCUAAUCAGCUUAGCUCCUACAUUGACAUUGGAAGAGGCUGGGUACCUAGAUGUGUGCGCAGCCAGCUGUUACAGAAUGAGGGAAGCUGUGAUGGUAAUAUGACUCCAUAUGUUGGCCAUGUUGAAGGAAAAGCAUCAAAGGAAUCAAAGGAACCUUGUAGUGCUGAUUCUGCAGGGCAUGAGUUGAUUGACCCAUCAACUUUCAGUGAACAACAUGGUUUUGCAGACUCAGAAGAUGAUGGGAGUGACUAUUUGUCUUUUUCUGACAUUGAUGAUGCUGGGUCUAAACAAGACAAUGCGAAGAGGCAAAAGGUUGAAUCAGAUGUUGGUGAUCCUCAUAAAACUCCCGAAAAGAAGGAUGAUCAUUCAGAUGAUCCAGAUGACAAGGAUAGUGAUGGGUCAGGAUCAUCUGAGAAUGAUAAUGAAGAUAGAGACUAUGGAGAUGAUGAAGACUAUGACUAUGGAGACGAAGACUAUGACUAUGACUAUGACUAUGAAGGUGAAGAUUAUGGUUACAAGGAUGAUUUUUGAUUUUGCAUGAUAGGGGCAACAAUUAUGGUUACAACAACAUUGCCGAGUCUUCUUGAGGGAUGGGGAGUUUGAGAAAAAUUAUAUAUGGCUAUUUUUUUAAGAAACUAUAUACUGUUCGUGAAUUUUAACUCAUUGCUAUCCAAUUCAAGGUUCUUUGUAGUCAAUUAACCUAUAGGUUUCUUAA